AUGCCAACAUCGGUCGCUGGCUCAUCGUCCUUUGGCGGUGAUGCCUCGCCAAUCUCGCCAGACCCUACCUCGACUGAGGGCUAUCUCGCCAGCGUCACCCCGCCGCAGGUCCCGUUCCACCACGGGUUCCGCCCAUUCGAGAUGGAGGUCGAGGGCACACAGGGAGGGGAGGAGGUCUCGAGGGACCCCUCUGUCGACCUACUUCUAGGUCAAUACGCCUUGAAGUUCCGAGACACAGUCGAGGAUCUUCCUGGCGAUCUCGAGGUAUUGACCACCUCCAUUGCGAAGGCCACAGACUGGGUUCUGCGGGCCGCGCACCACAAUCCGCUCACCAUCGAUGGGGGUGAUGCCUUCGUGGCCCAGAUGACGUCCUUUGUGAACGCCGUCAUGGCCACCGACUUCAAGUGGUUUGAGGCGGAUGAUCUCCGUCGCAUUACCUUCGUCUACGUCCCUUCCGCUUUGCGGUGGGAUAUCCAUGGUGAGGCACACAAGUACGUCACCGAACUCAAAGUCAGGGUUGGGCGUCACAAGACGGACAACUCCAUAGACGCGCUUCGCUCUCGAGCCGCGCACUCAGUCUUGGAUUCGUGGAGUUCCACUUUCCAAGAUCCAACCUACCGAGGCUCUGAAUUUUUAGAGCUUCAACAGCCUGACGGGCGGCCGCUACAGCCAUCGUACCUCAAUGGGGGACCUUGGCUUUCAACAUUCGGACACAGUAUUACUGAGUUCGCUCGCGUUUGCCGGUGUAUAACUGGCCAUGCGCCCAUUGGAGCGUAUUACCGUCGCUUCAAGAUCAAUGAGCCUCACGGCUGCACUUGCGGGGCUGCUUUGCAGUCCCGCCAGCAUAUCCUCUUUCGCUGUCGCGAUAGAUAUUCUGUACACUAUCCCCGCUUUCUCGGGGAUAUUGCAUCGUUUAUGAAGUACAACCCCACGGCGUUUGGCUUCAACCGGGACCCGUCGGCCACCGACUUCAGUCGUAUUCGCGGACCAGGCGAACUCGACAACUUCUCGCUCGCCUCUCUCCUUGAGGCCGAGACGUCUUCAAAGGACGAGCCGACUAUCCACCCGGCUCCUGUAUUCAGGCCUCCUCCUCCUGCUACCCAUGGGCCGCUCGAUGAGGGUGUCGCUGGCGUUGGGGCCCCGCCCGACGUCCUCAUGCAGGCAUUGGACGACCUUGGUCGCCCGGCCUCCCCUCCUCGCAUCCCCGCUUCCAAGAAGCGUAAGGGUGUCGAUCGUCCGGUUCCACCUCCUCCUCAGAAGAAGAGUAAGGUGGCCUACUCCCGCCCUGGUCCGCCCCCGCCGAUCAACCGCGCCACCAAACCCAAGCCCCGUCCAACGACAUGGGCAGGGAUUGCCAAACAGGCCGCCCCGAUGCCUCCCCCGCCUCCUGGCUUGGGACCGCAACGGCGUGGGCCUUCCCCUCCUCCCUCAUUCCCAACGGGUCCGAUGAAGACUUCACCUCAUCGGUCCGUUCCUUCUUUCACUUCCGAGGGCCCCACCCGGAAGCAGGUUCUUGUGUCGUUCGGGGGUACCCCCCCCGACCUCACGAAAUUCUUCACUGAAUCGGCUGUUCGUGCAGCCAAUGGGUACCUCAGGGAUGGUCGAUCUAUGCUUAAGGUCACCUCCAUCGUCCGUGCAUACGACGGUUUGUCGUUGGUCACCCCCGCUGUUGCCAGCCCGUCCGAUCUAGACAUACUGCGCAACUUCAUUCGCGAAAGCCUCCCAACGGGUACUCCGUUCGAGGUCGCGCUCCCAUCGUCGACAUCUUUCAUAAAGAUACUCGAUGUUCCCUACUUUGAUCCGAAAGGGUUGAAGAUCACCCAGGAGGCGCUUGAGAAGGCCCUCCGUACCUCGGUUCAUGCUGAGGUUUUCGCAUAUCUGAGCACCAAGCCUCGGAUCGACCGCAACUCGGCGCACUCGACAUCGUGCACCGUCUACUGCAACAUCUGGGACUCCCAGCAGGGAACCCGUGCCAAGAAGGCCCUUGGCCAACCGAUUUUCCUUGCUGGACGGUCCUGCGCAAUCAGGCCCGCCGCAAGACACACCGGGGUCCCACUAUGCCAGCGCUGCUGGAAGUGGGGCCACCCCACCGUCGCCUGUAAGGCGAAACAACUCUCCUGCCCCAUCUGCUCGGGUCCGCACGAACAGAAGGAGCACCGUCAACAUGCGGGAUGUUGCAAGGGCAACGCGAAAGCGAAACCCCCUGUGCCGCCCACCCCUCGCGACCAGCCUUGCCCCCACAAGGGCUGCUGUGUCAACUGCCACAAGGACCAUGCCGCCAACUCGGCCUCGUGUAAGUUCUGGGCCCAUCGCUACGACCGUGAGUGGAUCAUGGCCGAGUAUCGUCAGACUAAUGUUGGGAAACCAGCAGGAUCUAAAUAG